GAAAGAAUGGAAUACUUUCGAUCUGCUUUCGAUUAGCCGCAUCUAAAAAAAGAAAGUAAAUAGAAAGUGAACCGACAUGGACUGUGGUGUGGACUCUAACUUCAAAGAAGCAAAAUAAAACUUAUUUUGUUUUAAGCAGCAUGUCUAAAGGCAAAGAAAGAUGGGGUGUUCUAAAGAAUGCCAUCGUUGAGAAACGAAUUGGUGAUGGGUGUGAAUCACAAUCAACGCGAAACUCGUUUUGCUUUAAUUUAUUUACUAGAAAAAAAUGCAAUUGCCUUGAAAAGGCCUGUGUGAAAUCACGAAAAGAAGAAAACGACUGCCGGUGGUUCGCAUACGUUUGCAAUUCAAUGCUCAGUGUUAAAGAUAUUUGGAUAAAUCACCCAAACCCAAAGACGAACUUAAAGGAAAUAACAUCAUUUAAUAACACUGGAAAUGUAUGCAUAUGGCCUAGUGAAGAAAUUAUGGCAUAUUAUUGCAUGUCAAACCUUGACUUAUUUUGUGGAAAAUCUGUAAUUGAACUCGGUGGUGGAAGUUCAAGUCUUGCUGCUAUGUGCAUUGCUUUUAAUUCACCAUCCACGCGUGUCCUCAUUACUGAUGGAAAUGGUAAAUGUGUUAACAUGCUAAACGAUGCCAUACACACCAACCAAAUGAAUGUAUCGAAUGGAACAAACAAGGCACAAGUAUCAGCAACAGAUUUGAGAUGGGACAUGCCAGCAACCUAUUCUCAAUACACGGAAACAUUUGACUUUGCUUUAUGUGCAGAUUGUUUAUUUUUUGAUGAGUUCAGGUCGUUUCUUGUCGAUACAAUUUAUUCUGUUUUGAAGGUAGGUGGUACAGCUUUUAUAUUUGCUCCGCAAAGAGGCAACACAUUUCAUAAUUUUGCCGAGUUAUGCAAGUUAAAAUUUACCGACGUUGUUCAAAUUGAGCAAUACAAUCAUCAUAUUUAUAAGCAACAUUUAGAGUACUUGAUUAAAAAUAAGUCGUAUAAGUCAGAUGUUCAUUUUCCCAUUUUGCUUAAAGUGAGAAAAUAGUAAGAAUGUUUUGUGUUAAAGUUGUUUUUUACCAAAUAAAAUGUAACAUUUCAGAAAAAUCAAAGUAUGACCACCAAAACUGUACGACUAUGUAGUACUGUGAAUAACCAAUAAAAAAACCACAAAUAACAUCAGAAA